AUGACGUUACAGUUUUCAAGAAUUGGCAACUCAAGAAUAAUCCAAUUAUCAAAUCAUGAACAGUUUCAUUAUUGUUUGCUGUAUUAUUAUUGCAGCUUAUGUUCAAGCAUCACAGUCAAAACAAAUUGCUACAUGUCCUAAAGUUCGACCUAUGGAAAAUUUAGAAAUCUCUAAAAAGCUUUUUGGAAAUUGGUAUGGAUGUCAAGAAAGUGUCACUAGUUUCCCCGAAUUGAACAAGUGCAUUUUACUGAUAAUGGAACCUAAUGGACCCUCAGGUUGGUCCGCAAUAUCUUCUGGAAUUUCCAACAAAACUGGCAUCACAACCUCAAUGACUGCCACGGUAACAGUUGAUGAACAACAGCAUGCCAUAACUUCUGUGCAUUACAACUCAUUGCCCCCAGGUCCGAUUACAAUUGGUGUCACUAUUCUAGACACGGAUUAUGAAAAUUACUUGCUUCUUUGGAGUUGCAAUGAUGACCAACCACAACAAACUCCCGGGUUUUGGAUGCUUGCAAGAAACCGUACAUCCUGCGGCAAUUUUGAAGAAAAAGUGAAAAGUAUAAUUGAUAAAAUCGGUAUUACUUUGGCUAUGAAUUCAAUCGACCAGAUUAAUUGUUCUUAGAUUGUGAUUCGGAACUUUAAGAAAAGUUGGGAGUAUCUUAUUUAAAGAUUUUUUGGUCUAAUGUGUAGAUUUAUUACAUUGAAAAUAAAAUUGCUCAAAGCAACAUUCUGGUUCCGGCCCUCAAAAAAAAGCAGAUAUUCAUUAUUUUAUAAUGAAAAUAAAUAAAAUAAAUAAAUAA